AUGGCUUCAGAAGCUGUUAAAGUGAUAGUCCGGUGCCGACCAUUAAAUCAAAGAGAAAAAGAUCUAAAUUGCAAAGCAAUAUUAGAUAUCGACCAGUCAUGUGGUCAAUGCUCUAUCAAUAAUCCAAAUGAUUUAAUAGGUCCACCAAAAACUUUUUCAUAUGACGGCGCCUAUUAUAUAGAAGCAACUACUGAACAAAUCUAUAAUGAAAUUGCAUUUCCUUUAGUUGAGAGUGUAACCGAAGGAUACAAUGGGACAGUAUUUGCUUACGGACAGACCGGUUGUGGCAAAUCAUUUACAAUGCAAGGAAUCAAUAGCCCUUCCUCUCAAAAAGGCAUUAUUCCCAGAUCAUUUGAGCAUAUAUUUGAAGCGAUAGCUACCGCUGAAAAUACAAAGUUUUUAGUAUUGGCGUCUUAUCUUGAGAUAUAUAAUGAAGAAAUACGUGAUUUGUUAGGAAAAGACACUAAAAAGAAAUUGGAUCUCAAAGAGCAUAACGACACCGGUGUUUAUGUGACUAACCUAUCAACGCAUACCGUUAACGACGUCAAGAGUUGUGAACAAAUAAUGGACAGGGGGUGGAAAAAUAGGUCAGUCGGCGCUACACUCAUGAAUGCCGACUCUUCAAGAAGUCACUCUAUAUUUACUAUAUAUUUGGAAAGAAUGGACAUUGAAUUGAGUGAUGAUAGUGAUAGUAAUAUAAGAAAAGGUAAAUUAAAUUUAGUUGAUUUGGCUGGAAGUGAAAGACAGGGUAAGACAGGAGCUACAGGUGAUCGACUCAAAGAAGCGACUAAAAUAAAUCUAUCACUUUCUGCUUUGGGAAAUGUCAUCUCAGCACUGGUUGACGGAAAAAGUAAACACAUUCCUUAUAGAGACUCAAAACUUACACGACUUCUUCAGGAUAGUCUCGGAGGAAAUACAAAGACUUUAAUGGUUGCCUGUCUUUCACCAGCAGAUAAUAAUUAUGACGAAACACUUAGCACUUUAAGGUAUGCAAAUAGAGCUAAGAAUAUUAAAAACAAACCUAAGAUUAAUGAAGACCCAAAAGAUGCUCUUCUGAGAGAAUAUCAACAGGAAAUCAUUCGUCUUAAAAGUCUGAUCAAUGGUCAGAUACCCGACGAUAAUCGUAAUCCAGUGAGUUAUAACAUUGAUAUCGAAAAAAUUAAAGAAGAGUAUGACUUAAAAAUGAAAGAUUUGGCCGCAAAAUAUAAAGAAGAAAUGGAAAGCAACGCAAAACUUAAAGAAGAUAUGAAUAAAUUAAAGUCUAAUUAUGAACAAAAAAUUACUGAAGAAAAACCACAAUUAGGUGUGACUUUAGAUCACAAUCAUAACGACAACAUUGAGAAUACAAACAUUAUUGAAAUGCAAGCGCAGGCUAUGGAAAGAUUACAAGCAAUUAAAGGCCAAAUGGUUGGCGGAGAAAAAGCUAAUGAUAUCGAGUUUAUAGAAAAGAGAGACAAACGUAAAAAAAUUGCGGAGAAAAAGAUAAACGCUAUCUCUGAGGCAUUAACCAAAUUAGAUGACAAUGACGACAGACUUUUACUUAAAGCUUAUGGAGAUAUUACAGAAGAUCUGAGAGUAAGAACUAUUUUGUUAAAAAAAGCUAAGAAAAAGAUACAGGCAUUGGAACAGGAGGUCAAUGAUCUUCAAAGUGAAUUUGAAACGGAACGCACAGAUUAUUUGGAAACAAUUCGUCGACAAGUCGGACAAAUCAAAUUGUUGUCACAAAUCCUUGAAAAGGUUGAGCCUUGUCUUCGACGAGAUUGUAAUUAUGCAAACAUUGAUAAAAUUAAAAUGGAAAGCGUUUGGGAUGAAGAUCUCCAGAAAUGGCGAUUACCUGAUUUGGUUGUCUCUCAGACAAAAUUACCGCCACCUCCUGGAGGUAUGCAACAGGGAGUUAGAGAACAGGCACUGUCUAAUAAUUAUCGACCAAACUAUGAUAACACGUCACCUAAUGGUGUUACCAUUAAUGGAAAUGAAGAAAAUGGAAGUGAUGGCAAUCCUUCUGAAGACAGAUUAUUCUUAAAAUUAGAAAAGGCUGCUCAAGAAGAUAUGGUUACCAAUUAUUUUAGACCAAAAAGAAGAGAUCAGCUCUUAAGCAAAGUAAAGUUAAGUUUUCCAGUAAACGAAACACUCAGGUGUUUUGAAUUAUCAGAUCGACACAAGAAAAUUAUUAAUAAACCCAAUGAUAUCAAAUCAACUUCUCAUUUGAAUGUAAAGAUUGAAGACAUUGAUAACGGUUCCAAUCGACACAAAUUUAGUCAAUCUGUGCCUUUAGUGCCAAACAAUAAGUCAAAUGAUACGACAUUAACAACAAGUAGUGGAGGAUCUUUAAGUGCCGGCGAAAGUUUCCGAAGACAAUUCCCACAUCGACUCGAUAGACUCGAUAUUAUACCUCAUUUUAAUAUAGGUUCUCCUAGUGUUCGCAUAGGAAAUAAUAAUAUUUCAAAUACCGAUUUAAGAAACAACAUUAAAAACAUGUUUAAAAAUUGA